AUGACCUCAUUAUUUAGUCCAAGAUACUUUAGGUAUAUCAAAGUGUUCAGUCAGACUGUCCAGAUGCUGGUUGAAUUUCUCCACUCUUUGUUUGUGAGUCAUCUCAGCUUUUUGUUGAAUCCUCUGCCUUUGCAUCUUCUCCUGCAUCUUCUGAAACGCCAUCUCAGCCUUUGUUUUUGUGUUUACAACUGUAUUUGUCGUUUGUUGUUGUUGUACUUGUUGUUUGACAUCGUUUUCAAUAAGUUUUUCCUUUUCUUUACUUGA